UCCGGGUCGGGGCGCGCGGGCGGCGGCGGAGGUGCGGCCCGGAGCCAUGGUGAUCAUGUCCGAGUUCAGUGCGGCCCCGGCGGGCGCCGACCAGGGCCAGCAGAAACCCCUCCGCGUGGGCUUUUACGAUGUGGAGCGGACGCUGGGCAAAGGCAAUUUUGCGGUGGUGAAGCUGGCGCGGCAUCGAGUCACCAAAACGCAGGUUGCAAUAAAAAUAAUAGAUAAAACAAGAUUAGAUUCAAGCAAUUUGGAGAAAAUCUACCGUGAAGUCCAGCUCAUGAAGCUCUUGAACCACCCCCACAUCAUCAAGCUUUACCAGGUUAUGGAGACAAAGGAUAUGCUUUACAUUGUUACCGAAUUUGCAAAAAAUGGAGAAAUGUUUGACUAUUUAACUUCCAACGGACACCUGAGUGAGGACGAGGCGCGGAAGAAGUUCCGGCAGAUUCUGUCGGCCGUGGAGUACUGCCACAACCACCACAUCGUCCACCGUGACCUCAAGACGGAGAACUUGCUGCUGGACAGCAACAUGGACAUCAAGUUGGCGGACUUUGGAUUUGGGAAUUUCUACAACCCGGGAGAGCCUCUGUCCACGUGGUGUGGGAGCCCACCCUACGCAGCCCCUGAAGUCUUUGAGGGGAAGGAGUACGAAGGCCCCCAGCUGGAUAUCUGGAGCCUUGGUGUCGUGCUGUAUGUCCUCGUCUGUGGCUCUCUCCCUUUUGAUGGGCCCAACCUUCCAACGCUGAGGCAGCGGGUGCUGGAGGGCCGGUUCCGCAUCCCCUUCUUCAUGUCUCAAGACUGCGAGACGCUGAUCCGUCGCAUGCUGGUGGUGGACCCCGCCAAGCGCAUCACCAUCGCACAGAUCUGGCAGCACCGGUGGAUGCAGGCCGACCCCUCCCUUCUUCAGCAGGCUGACCCCACCUUCUCUGUGCACAGCUACACCUCCAACCUGGGUGACUACAACGAGCAGGUGCUGGGCAUCAUGCAGGCCCUUGGCAUUGACCGGCAGAGGACCGUGGAGUCACUGCAGAAUAGCAGCUACAACCACUUUGCUGCCAUUUACUACCUCCUGCUGGAGCGCCUCAAGGAGUACCGAAGCACACAGCCAUCGGCCCGCCCCGGGCCUGCCAGGCCGCCCCGGCCCAGAAGCUCAGACCUCAGCGGCUGUGAGGUGCCUCAGGACAGCCUCCCCGGGGACCCUUUCCGAUCCUCCCUGCUGUGCCCACAGCCCCAGGCCUUGGCACAGUCUGUCCUGCAGGCUGAGAUGGACUGUGACCUCCAGAGCUCCCUGCAGCCCUUCUUCUUCCCAGUGGAUGUCAACUGCAAUGGAGUGUUCCAGCACCGCCCCGUCUCCCCCAGCAGCCUUCUGGACACGGCCAUCAGCGGGGAAGCCAGGCUGGGUCCUGGUCUGGAGGAGGAGCAGGAGGCUCGGGAGCCCCUGCCUGGCAGCACAGGCCGGAGGCACACACUGGCUGAGGUCUCCACCCACUUCUCCCCAAUCACCCCUCCCUGUAUAGUCGUCUCCUCUUCCUCCACCGUGGCCACCGCCUCAGAAGGAACCAGCUCCGACAGCUGUCUGACCCUCUCCGCAGGCGAAAGUCCUGUGGGGCUUGGCAGCAGCCUGGCCACCCAGGGGCUUCUGGGCACCUGCUCCCCAGUCCGACUGGCUUCGCCAUUCCUGGGGGCACAGUCUGCCACCCCCAUGCUGCAGGCUCAGGGUGGCCUGGGCAGAGCAGUGCUGCUCCCGGUCAGUUUCCAGGAGGGACGGAGGGCAUCAGACACCUCACUGACUCAAGGGCUCAAGGCCUUCCGGCAGCAGCUGAGGAAGAAUGCGAGGACCAAGGGGUUCCUGGGGCUGAACAAGAUCAAGGGGCUGGCCCGCCAGGUGUGCCAGUCCUCCUCCAGCCGGGCCUCCCGGGGCGGCCUGAGCACUCUGCACGCCCCCACCCAGAGCCCGGGUCUGCAGGGCAGUGGCACCAGUGGCCGGGAGGGCAGAAGCCUGCUGGAGGAGGUGCUGCAGCAGCAGAGGCUGCUCCAGUUACAGCAUCACCCAACUGUCCCGCCCAGCUGCCAGCAGGCACCCCCGCUGCCCCCCACCUCCUAUGUGCUCGCCCCUUGCGACGGCCCCCUUGUGUCAGGGCUCCCGCUGCUGCCCGCCCCCCUCUUCCAGGCCGGUGUGUCCCCCGUGAUGACAGCGGCACGGCUUCUGGAUGCCCACCUGCACAUCAGCGCUGGCCCAGCUGUCCUCCCCACCGGGUCCCUGCCACCAUGCCUCUCUCGGCUGGCCCCAGGCUGUGACCCUGCUGGGCUGCCACAGGGGGAUUGCGAGAUGGAGGACCUGACCUCUGGCCAGCGGGGGACAUUUGUCCUGGUACAGUGAGGUGGCCCCACUGUGCCCACUGACUUUUCCAAGCAAUAAUUUCAGAGUAUGUGAAGACAUUUUGGACUCAGAGCCAAGAACUUUUUAGAAGCAAAACAAGCAAUACGUUAGGUGUAUGGGCUUUUUAGGUUAUUUUUUGUUUUAUUAUUAUGUUUUUUCUUGCACUGAGUGACCUCAACUUUGAGUAGGGACUGGAAACUUCUUGAAGAAAAAUAAUAAUCGAGGAGUGAGUGUCGUGGGGGACGGGGCGAGGGUGGGGCCUGGCUCCCCUCCCUGGCGGUGACAGCACGCCUGCCCCUGCACAUGCUUGUGGUGUCCGGUUGGCUUCAGUUCUAGUUCUCACCUCUUGAAACAUUUAUGCUGUAACGAAACUGUGAACUUGCUGCUUCUGCAUCCAUGUAGAAGAGUCCUCCCGAGGGCCGCCAGGUGGUGGGUCCUCUCCCCACACCAGAGCCGGGGACUGCCCUCCUUCCUUCAGAGGAGUGUCACCCGGACGCUGCUCAGGGCAGUGCUGCGGGGCCCUCUGGGGGAGCUCCGAGGAGGAGCUGGGGGCACUGGGAGGAAGCCUCAGUUUGUUCCUGCUGCGCAUCUCGUUUCUGCUGCUAAUCACUGAGUUUUUAUGCAUUUCAUGAUCAGGGUCCAACAGCAACACCUGACUGGGGACGCCGGGCGGUGUCGGGCGUGGGAGGUGGGUGCGGGGCCGCCUGCUGCCUCUGCCCCUGGCGCCAGCUCCGGCCGAGCGCUGGUCAUCUGGCUUUUGUUCACGGAGAGUGAAAUGGGAAGCUUAGGUCAGUGUUUGUAAAGCUUUCUUUUUUAAGCAGAUACUGUAUAUGUAUAUAAAUAGGGACAAAUAGACACUAUUAUUUUCUAUAUUUUGUACUACACUUUUGUGUUCCUGUUUGAACCUCUCCCGGGCACGUUGAGAAGCACCCCAGCACCAGGUUGUGUUGAGGAAGGGGCCGCGGCUGGAGCUGGCCGAGGAGUGGCCUGGCCGACAGGUGGCCACCCAGCCAGCCAGAAGCCCCCUGGGACAGGAAACGGUCCCUGCUCUGUGAGUUCCCCUCCCUGACCAGGUGCCUUGCUGGGCGCACGGCCCGCAGUGUUACGGAGGUCGGAGGUCAUCCUGAAGGGGAAAGGGGGUUUUCAAAAGCCAAAGAUUGACCGAGCUACUUGAGGGUCACGGAGGCUGGUGCGCCCCGUGCGUGGCGUGGCCUGUGGCCCUGCCUGUGUCUGCUGCUGCCAACACUGGCURUGGCUUUUUCAGUGACUGUGGAGGACUGUCCUUGGGGCGCAGACCUGGUGCCAGGCUGCUGAGAAAGCACCAGGGUCUCGCCUACCUGCACCUGGCCCAGCCUGGCCUCCGUGUCACAGCAGGGCUGCACCCCGGCCUCUGCUCCCGUGGCACGCCACCCAUCCAAGGCCUCCUGCCGCUGUGUUCUCUGAAGCAACGACAAGCACUUUAUUUUCAUAGCGGAUUUUGGUUUUUCUUAUGCUGUAGACCCUSUGGAGGAGGAUGAAGUCGCGUCUUCACUUCUCGCUGUCCUGGGCCUGCGGCUGUUUCCUCGUUUCCAGGCAGCGCUGUCCCAGACUGUAGUGCGUAGCCUAUUUAAGACACUACGUGAUCUGAUGGAGAUGUACAUAAUUGUUGUGUUUUUUUUACCAUAACUGAAUUGUUUUAUUUCUUUUGUUAACAUGAUAAAUGUAUGCCAA